AUGAAUUUCAAACAAAUUUUCAUCUCGUUGGAGCUCCUCAUUCUUUUCCUGGGGUUUGCUUCUCUCAAAACGGAGGGCUUUCCUUCUGAUGUUGAGCUUGAUGGCUUCACCGAAAAAGUCACUGUUCGUACACUUUACAGUCGUGGUUGUCCUUGUAAAGAUUGUUACAUACCAAUUAUUGGGGCUGAGUGUUGUGCUAGAAAGAAGUGCAAACAUGCCGGAUGUUGUAAAUAA